AACAUAGUCGUCGUGAAGAUCGAUGCGACUGACGGUGAUGAUAUCGAUUCCAAGUCACCCUCUUCACUUCAUUACAAAAUCUCCAAAGGGGAUCCGCAAAGCUUUUUUCGGAUAGAUCCGCAUACAGGUUACAUAACAACGUCUGGAUCACGCCGACUGGACCGUGAAACUCAACGUGAGCACGAGUUGUGGGUAGCAGUGUGUGACUCGGGUGAGCCUCAGUUGUGCUCGUCGGUCCCAGUUGUGGUUACCGUAGAUGAUGUGAACGACAAUGCACCCACAUUUACGCAGCCGAUUUUCCAUCACAAUGUGCCUGCUGGUGUAGCGGGAAGAGUGAGCAGGGUGUUUGCCAGCGAUAUUGAUGCAGGAAAGAAUGCCGAGUUAUUCUAUAACAUUACCGAUGGAGAUCCGAAGUUUUCAAUCGAUGGAAAUGGAUAUAUCUCGACUAGUGUGCCAAUGAAGCCCGAUGAGGUUGCCACUUUGACCAUCCAAGCGACUGAUCGUGGCUUGCCAGCUCAAAUGACUCAAACUCGAGCGAUUCUGACAGCGAUUGCAGCACCCCAGAGAGCCAAGGGAUCGGUAAAUCGCGCUCCGCAGUUUGCAAAAGGAGCGUCUCGGAAGGUCCCCGUUUCGGAUGCCGAUCAGGUCGGCUUCACCAUUGGCAAAUUGGAGGCGACGGAUCCUGAUGGAGAUACUAUCUGGUGGAGUAUUCUGAGUGGAAAUAUCAAUGAGGCGUUUUCGUUGAAAGCAGAUAGCGGCCUCCUGUUGUUGGCGAAACCUAUAGAAACUCUUCCACAAAACACGAGUUCAAUUGUUCUAAGCAUUCGAAUAAGUGAUGGUCAAUUGGAAGACACUACAGAGGUAACAGUGGAGUUGUCUCGAUCACCAACAAGUCGACCGAUCUUCUCUGCUCAACAUUACAAGACGCAAAUCUCCGAGAAAACAGCUAUCGGUACACAAAUUUACAUCGUACGUGCCAGAUCCAGCGACGUGAGUCGCACAUCGAAGCCCCUGGUGUACGGUAUUCAUUCGGUUGAAGAUACUGGCAUGGAGGAUAAGCUGCGUGUUGAGCCUUCGUACUCAUCGAUCGAUACGUUGGACUAUGAAGUAUGUCGCGAAAUACGAGCUAUUAUUUAUGCCCGUCAAGGAACGCUUACCAGUUAUGUGACGUUGACCGUCACUGUUACUGACGACAAUGACAAUGCUCCAAGAUUCGUGCAUAAAGACUAUGUGGUGAAUCUGCCGUCAAGUUCUCCUGUUGGCUCUUCAGUCAUUACAUUACUAGCUCAUGACGCUGACUCUGGUGAGAAUGGUGUGGUGAAGUACAGCAUCAUCAGCGGUAAUGAGCUAGGCUUGUUUGCUGUGGAUCCUAUUCUCGGAAUAAUCUCCGUCGCUAAAAGUCUUCCUGAAGAUCAUAAAGAAACCAUAUUGACGGUGCGAGCAACUGAUAAUGGUCGCUAUCCGCUCAGUGAUACGUCGAAUGUGCGCAUCCAGUCCUUGAGUGGGAAUGAGCUCGAUCUACGUUUCUCGAGAGCCUUGUAUCAGCGUACUGUCCGAGAUUCCACGCCCUUGGGAUCGGUUCUGCUUGUUGUUACGACCAAUCCAAAUGGAAAUGCACGAUACAGUCUAAAGCAGCCAUGCCCAUAUUUCGAAGUUCACCCGGCUUCUGGAGCAGUUUCGUUGACCCGUUGGUUGACUAGGGAACGAGCAAAAAGCGUAGCCUGCACAGUUGUUGCGAGGAAUCGAGCUGGCUCCGAGGAUACCGCAAAGAUUGUGAUAAAAACGGCCAGUACCAAUCAGCAUUCACCAAUAUUCAAGCGGCAGUUCUAUCGAGGAUUUAUUCGAGAAAAUAGUCCAAGUGGUUCUUCCGUACUGCUCGAAAAUAACUCUCCACUGCUGGUUUCUGCAACAGAUAAGGAUGUGGGUCCCAACGCGCUCGUCGGUUACCGACUCCUCAAUCCGAAUGAACCGUAUUUUGUGGUAGAUUUCGUGACAGGAGCGAUUCGCUCUAGAAAACCGUUGGAUUAUGAGAAGAUGAAGGAAUGGAUAUUUUACGUGCAGGCUAGGUGA